AUGGUAAAAUUCAAAUUCUUCAGCAAGAAAAAGUCAAAGAAAAACCUCCUGAAAGAUGAGCCUACAAAGUCAUCGGAACCUUUACCGAAACCUCCUGCUCCUGCUCUGCCUACGAUACCACAGCAACAGCAGGAAGAUGAAAGUAUUCAAGAAAAUGGGUCGAUAUCGAAUGGGGUGACUCCUAUUACGAAACGAUCCACUGCUUCCUCAAUAAUAAGUCAUCACUCAACGACUAAUAAGGACGAGUUAUUAUUUCAGGAUGAUACGAAGGAUGAAGCGGACGAGCACACUCACGAAGAUGAACACCACGAAGAAAAUCAGGGUGUUUUCGCCGCACUUUGUGAUGAUGAAUAUGAUAGUGCUUCACAGGAUUUUCAGGAAAAUAAUGACAGCCAUACGGAUGAGGAAAUAGAUAAUAGGGAAGAAUUGGACCAGGAUGAGGGCUUUCACCAAGAAGAAAAAGAAGAAGGGGACGAGCAUGGUAUUAUAUUCGCUGCAUCUGGCGAUGGUGAAAAUGGCGCUGCUGCUGCCAGUGCUACGGAUAUCAACAUGUCAGCUGAAGCUGCAGCAGGGUACUACGACUAUGGCGAUGCGGCUCCGUCGAUCCCUCAAGACUACAAACAAGAUGAGAUUGGCAUGCCAACUGGUGAGGCCGUUACUUCACAUGGCGCCAGUGAUAUGGAUGAUAGUGGCCCAAUUGCGGACAACGUUGCAGCGUAUUACGGCUAUGGCGACGCAGCACCUUCGGCUGCAUAUCGCGAGGAUGAAUCUCCUGUCGGCACUGAUGCCUACGAUGCGCCCGAUACAAUAAGUGCCAAUCUUUACGGCUACGAGGAUGCGGCUCCUGAUAUCAACGCUCUCAACUUGUUGUCAGAUUCUCAUGAAGACAAUGAGGCUCUACAAAUCGAAGCUCAACCUGGAGACGAGUCCAACGAAUCCUCAUUUGAACCAACGUUGGAUGAUCCAAAGAGUAAAGCGUCACUUCAACCUGCAUUGGAUGACCCAGUCAAACAGAAUGGCGAAGAAGAAAUGUCCCAAGCGGCAAAACUCUAUCUGGCCAAGCGUCACCGAUUGAAGCAGAGGCGAAUGUCCAUGACACCAACCGAGCAGCGGACCGAACGUGCAGCAGCACGCCGCAACAAAUUGCUGUUGAAAAAGCUUCUGAAAAAGGAAAUGUCGGAAGAAGACGAUUAUAUCCAGACACACCUUGGCUGCGAUGACAAGGGAAUGUGUUUGCGACACCCGAAUAUGAUAAUCGUGGGGAAAGUGAACGAAUUUCGAUUCAAAAGCAUAUUUUCGUGCAAGAUUUGUGCCUCGGAACAAAAGGCAGGCGGGCAUGCCCGACAACGAAAAAGUAUGUGUAUGGUCAUUGGUGACAUCAAGUCGCUGCAAAAGGACAGGCGAUCGUGGCGAAAGCGAACACAGGUCAUGCAUCAUGGUAAAGAAUACGAUUCGGAUGAGGACGAUAGCUACGACGAAGGCAAGCAAUCAGACAGUAGCAACAGCUUGGAUAGCAUCGAAAAGAUUACCGGGUUCUUCGCGGAAGGAACCGAUGCUGAUGAUCUGAGUAAACAAGACGAUGUCUGGAAGGAGAAAGUGGCUGGAAGAGUGGCGCAAGUUCGCGCCUGGGAUGGCAAGGCUGCCCUCAAGUGCAACCCCGUAUUUGCUAAAUACUUCCGAAUGGUGUCAUUAGGCGUUCCUCCCGAUGCAGUAAAGCAAUCUUGCGAAUUCGAUGGCUGGGAUCCUCGGGUGAUGGAUUUGGAUCCCAAUCGACCACUACGAGAUCAGCUGUAUUCUGACAGAACUUGGAAGAAAAGCGAAAAGGAAGACCUUCUUUUGAACAUUCGACUUUGCAUGGGUCAAGAGUCGGCGCAGGAAGAUACGGGAAAUGGUUUAGUUGAAACAGUAGACAAUGUGUUUCAAGCUUAUUGCAAAAAGAAGGAAUCUAUUGAAUUGCACCGAAUAGAGGUGAAAAAACAAGAAGAAGCACAAAAGUGGAUUGGAAGUGGCCAGUCUCUUCUCAAGAGGACCACAGCAAAAACAGCAAAGCCAGUGAAACCCCAAGUGAACCAAACUCUUGAAAUCAUGAAAGACAUCGAGGAAAGCUUUGCAAAAGGAGUUGAUCCCGAACCACAAGGUGCUGAGCCAGCCGAAUUAUCUUCAUCCAGUGUUGAAAAAAGCGAGGAACUCAAUACCGAGCAUCCAGCAAAGGAUGGGACAGAGCCAGAGACCGUUGAAACGCGCUCAAUACUUUCGUCGGAAUUCAACCAAAGCCUUGCCAGCAUUGGUGAAAUUCCUGAAGGAGAGUUGGAAUCCGAUGGUGACUCCUCCAGUGAAAACGAAAAAGUGUCCCAUUCUGAUUCGGGAACCAAGUCACCAGUCGUUGAUGAGGCCGAAACCCAUGCCGAAGAAACCAUGAAGAAUGCAUCCGCACUAGCGAAUAUUAUGAAAGGGAGCCUAAACGAAGAGAAGUCUGAAGAACAGCCACCAUCUGACGAGCUCGAUCCAACACAGAGUGAUCCUGGAAGUAAGCCCGCCAUUCCAUCACCAGAUCCUAUUGAGCAGGCUGAAAACAAAUCAGCAUGGAGUGAUGACGAAGAGAUUGACUUGCCACUAAAUGAUGACGAUUUCGCGGGCAAUAAAAGGAAAGAACAGCCGCCGAGGCAAUUGUCAAUUGAUUCGGAAGCAAUGUACUCAGUAGCCGAUGAUGGAGGUGGUGAUAGUGAUGAAGGCGAUGAUAUAGAAGAUGGGAAGGAUACCCAACCAUCGAGACAACUUUCAAUAGAUUCGGCAGCAAUGUAUUCCGUAGCUGAUGAUGGAGUGGGUAACAGUGAGGAAGGCGAUGCGAAGGAAGAUAUUUUGUAUGCGGCAUUCGAAAGCAACCAAAGAUACUCGGUUAUCGAUGAAAUCUUCGAUGAUUGGGACGAGCCGCUUGGUAUUCCUAACUCGGACGAAACAGGGCAAGCACCAGAAAUUGACGACGUCUCAGUGGGAUCCAAUAUGACUGGUGAUACCGGCAAAUUGUUGAAACGAUCCAGCAAACGAAUAAGUAGGCAGAAUAAGAUCAGAGACAUUGAGAAAGCCCAUCGCAUGUUAGAAGCGAAGGACAUCAUCGUCGCCAGCCUCGUUUCGAAGAUCGAAAGAUUGCAGGAAGAACUUGCAAGGCAGAGAAUUAUUGGAGGUAACGGUGAAAAAUACGUCGCAGAGCUCCGGGAGACCAAACGACUUAUGGCAGAAAAAGAAGUAAUUGCUGUCAGCGUCGAAAAGCAGAUAAAGCGUCAAGAAUGUGAAGCUAAUGAGAAAUGGCAUGCCAUCGAAGAGCAGACUUUACAAAUCAUGAGACUCAAGGAGAAGCUUGCGUCACAAGAAAAGGACUCUGGGAAGGGCCAACGCAGUUCCAAAGUGAAGAGACAAAGCAGCAGUCGAAAAAGCAAGACCUCAGAAGCAAGUGAUUAUGCACAAAAAAAGUCUUCCUCGUCCUCUACAAAGAAAAAGAGUUCAUCGUCGAAGGAUAAGAAGAAAUCCUCAAAAGGUAGAAAGAGUCGCUCGAAGAGCAAGUCAUCAAAGAAGUCGAAGCGAAAGGACAAUCUAGACAGGGACCAUCUCAGAGCAGUCUUCAAAAACUUCGUCCGAAAGCUUAUCAUCAUCACUCGAAGUUUUGACCAGAAUUUUCACGUGGACAAAGAGAUGUCAGUGGAUAGAAAGAGCUUCCGCAGAAGCAGUAUGCGAAUGGACGCAUGGGUGGCUCCAACCGAAUGGAACGACUUCCUUAGCGACGACGAGGAAGAUCUUGAUUCAAAGCCUCCAAGACCACCGCCCACCUCCUCUACUUCAUCUUCACCUUCACCUUAUGCCACAUUUCAGAAGAUUCGAUGGGCUGAUGAUGACAAUAUCUGCAAAGUUGCCUUUGUAGAACGCAUUCAAGACGAUUUAAAGAAGGACUUGUUCUACAACGGCGAAGAUAUCAACCGUUUCCGGCUGGAUAAGUUCAUGGAGGAUCACGAGGAUGAAUUUGAACUGGUCGAAGAGGACGACUCUGACUACAGCGAGGAGUGGGUAGAGGAAGAAUUCAGCGGAGAAGAGGAAGAGAUCGAAUAUUACGAUGAAGAAGUAGUUUCAGAUGACGAAGCUAGCUACGAAGAAGAGAUUGUCACGGACGAUAAUUACUCGAUCGUAGAAAUUCCCGCACAACAGAACAGGCGACGGAGCCUUUUCUAA